AUAUUUAAAGCACAGCUAGAAAGUAACUGUUUUAGCGAAUUUAAUAUAGACAUUUUAAUAUAAAAACCUAGGCUUAAAACACUGGCAGCUCAAUAGACGCCAAGUAAAACGCGAUGAAGUUUGUGCUGACGCUGCUGACGCUAUGCGCCCUAUACAAUGGGCUUGAGGCUGAAGAGAUGAAGGAGUCACGUUUUAUUGAUGAAAAUGCGCUCAAAGCCAUUUUGGAUCUUACACGCCAGACGAAGCCCUCCAACCCGAUCGCUGGACUUCAAGCGCAGUAUCCCUACCUCUCACAGAAGGAGAAACUAACGCUACAAGGCGAAAGACAAACGCACUAUCCAAUACAACCGCUGAAUGUUGAGUUCGCAUUGCUGCCACAAAUUGUAGGCACACAACAGCCACGCCCCAUUACGCAGCACAAAGAUAAACUCGUCGAUGUGAAGCCGAUCUAUAUACCAUAUACGUUGAAAAAUCAACCUACAUUCACACAAGCAGCUUUCGAAGCGUUGACUGGCCUGCAAGCGCUUGCCGAACAACCCAAACCGAACUAUGUGACGAACUAUCCGUUAGGCAGCCCCACAGCCGAGCAAACGAAAGUGCCGGCGUUUUAUGCCGCUUAUCCAAGUUUACAGGAACAAAAACAAAGUUCUCUACAUGGCAACGUCGCCUUGGAGCAUAAGCAACCAGCCUAUCAGACAUUCCCUAACCUCUUCGCAUACGCCAGUCAAGCGCCCAAUCAGUUAGUUUAUCAACAGGCGCAACGUUAUGCCGCUGCCGCCAACUCGCCUUCGUUCAUCAUCAUCAAUCCGACAAAUUAUCCGAGCUAUCAUUAUUACACCGCUUCUAAUUUCACCUUUCCACGUAGUGUUGCCUCAGCUGAUGAAGUAAUGGAGGUCGUAGAGGCUGAAGAGAAUGCGCCGGAUUACGUUAAAGAUUUGCGCUUGGAAAAUAUGCAUCAUCUGCAAUCAACCAGCGAUGGCUCGUCUGCUGAAACCGAAGCCAUUCUCAAUAGCUUGCCACAUACGCUUACAAAUGACGAACGCAUUUUGGCACAGGCGCUGUUGGAGCAGUCGCGGCAACCGGACAAUUCGAAUCCUUUGUUGGAGUUACUGAAACGCGAACAGUUGAAGCGCCGCAUGCAGGAACAGGUGGCUGCCUUUUAUUUUAGAAACUAUAAUGUUAAUAAAAAGUGAGGUUUUUGAAAGUAUGAAGAAGUAAAAAGAUCCAAUUCGAUUUCAAGUUGAUGAAUA